AUGUCUAAACCAAUAACAUUGAAAUACUCGAACACGAGUAAGAAUUAUGCCGAAUGGAGAACACUCUAUGAACAAAUAUUCGAAAUUUUCAAGAUACCAUCAAUAUCAAAAGAAUUUGCAUCCAAUGCACAGCAAUGGCUAAUGAGAUUGGCUUCAGCCGUUAUCAUCAAAUGCGAUUUGGUUGUCAAGCUUGGUGAAGUUUUUGCAAGGGCUUCCAAAACCAGAGCCCGAAUUUUCCGCAUAUACGCCGACGUGAUUCAGGUUGAUGAUGAUCUGGAUAUUUCGACCGUAGACGGAGGUGGCAUGAUCUUUAUGGUCGCGAGGAGAAUAGAAGUGAAGGAGGGAUGCAAGGUCACAAUAAAUUGUGGGACCAAGGAUCCUUUCCGAGUAAUGGUGUACGCCAUGGAAAUUCCGUGUGAACUUUGCAUCAUAGCAAAGGAUUCCGGUUUGCAAAACGAGCAUCACUUCGCCCUAAAUAGACCAAACCUUGGUGGGCUACUUACUUUAAGCAACGACGGAAAACAUGAAUUUCAGGAUCUCCCAAAAUUCGAUGAAACAAUUUUCCGCAAAACUUCUUUCAGCCAAAUGAUUCAAUUUUCGUUGCACAUAGGAAUCUCAAUGCUUUAUGAUGAACCCGAGAUUACACGAUCGAUUCUUCUAUGGAUCAUUAAGAUAACCGAUGAUUCGGAGAUAAAGAUAGCAAAAGAGCUACACACCCAAGGACUAGCGAUGCUUGUGCAACUUGAGAUCUCCCUGGGGAUAGCCAAAAAUGAGACAUUGUUUAUUCCACAGCUAAACUGUGAAGAGUACGAGAAGAUCAUCGAAAGUUUUUUGAAGUCCGCCUUGAAUUAUGAGCGGGAGUAUGAUAAUUAUAUCAGGCGUACUGAAGAACAAGUUUCUGCUCAAAACAUGUUGAACUAUUAUAAUAUGGUGGUCAAGGGAAACAAGGAUUUAGAGAGUAGGGCGCAAAUUCGCGAGGUAGCAGCAUACAAGGUAUUAGAAUGUAUGGAGAAGAACCUCGAGAGUCAAAAGAAGCUUUUGGAAGAGGCGUCUAAUAGGUUUAAAGAGGGGGUGGAUGAAUGGUUAUCCGAAAAAGAAAAUGAAGCAAAAAGAAUGAUGGCUCUUGCCGUCGUUAUAUUCGCUACAAGCGUUGGCGAAUUUUUAAUUCAACCGCAUAACGCUGUAUGUGGUUUGGCCGAAACCAUUAAGAGGGGUGUCGAAUCGUAUAAUUGCACCAAAGAAGCAUAUGAUAAGGCGAUGGAGACCACGCAGAAGAUCGAAGAGAUCUACAGGUCAUUGGAAGAAAUCGAGAAGAUUUCCGCUAAUUUGAGACGCCAUCACGACUUAGCCAAGAGAUGCGAGGGGGUUAAUGGUAGUUUCGAUGUGGAUAGUCUUGGAAAGGAUAUUGAAUCCGUCGAUCAUCGAGGAAUCCUGGCACGUAACAGAUGGAGUUCAUUUAUAAUAGGCAUGAGAUCGGUGCUUCACGACCCUAUUGAAGAAAGAAUCGAUGGCGCUGAAGAUUACUUGUGCACAUUGGAGAAGUCGUACAAUUGUAUUGUCGGAUAUAUUGAUGCCAAAAUCGAAGUAAUAGCGAGUCAUGAAAAACUCAUGCGCCUAAAAUUCCAGACAGAACUCACAAGAAGAAGAAAAGAGAUCGAAGAGGAAAAUGAAAGCAAAAAAUUAACACAAGAAAUGGAUUCCAGGAAUCUACUCUCUCUAUUCGAACGUUUACUUAGCAUUAAGGGUUGGAUGCUGAUCUAUAUCCAGAAUUAUAAUUAUGCUUAUAAUUAUUGGUCUCUCGACAAUUUCAAAGUUAACCUCUCGACCACAAAAACCACAACCCAAUAUAGGGAAGAUGUGAAUCAAAUCAAACAAAAAAUCAUAGAUGCCAAAAACAGAUUUCGAAAAGACCCUCAGACUUUGAAUCAUGCAAUGAAAUUUUCCGAAAAAAAUUAUGUUGACGAGUUUAAACAAAAUGGAUCUAUUGUGAUCGAAUUUCCACUAGAUUAUGAUAAAUUCAAAAAUUUUGGAUACAUGCGACUAGUAAGAUUUGGUGCAUUCUUGGAGGGAGUCGGAUCUGAAGGUCAAGAAAUUUCUCUUCGGAUAAGUAAUACCGGAAAAUUUUCGGAUAAAUAUGGAAAGGAUGAAUAUCACUUCAUCUCGGAACCAAUAAAAGGAAAAAGAUUUAUAUACCGGGUACCAGGACCUUCAGGGUGUCCAGAAGUGAUAAUGGAUAACACAUACGAUAGCAAAACAUACUUUCUUCCCACACCUUUUAGCCAGUGGACCAUCGAGGUCACCGAACCACUGGAUUUGUCAAGAUUGACGUCCAUAAAAAUUGAAUUGACAAUAAAAUGUCAUGAGAAUCACGUACAUUAA